UUCAUUUUAUUUAUCGCCUUUUAAUAUGGAUUUAUUUUUGCAAAAAUUAAAAUAAUUAAAAGUGGAUAAAAUUUAAUUGACAAAAAUAAUUGCAAUUGACGACAAAAGUCAUUAAAAUAAUAAUAAAUUAAUGAAUAAAAAAGAGCAAGUUACCUUUUUCGCACAGAAAUCACAUUCCUCAACGUGAAAAAAAUGAUUGAGAUAACAAUCUGGACUUUUAUAAAAACAAUUGAAUGUAAUUAAUAACAAGCAAGGCGAUAGAUUAUAUAAUUAAAAAGCGUUAGAACGUCUUAUUUAGUGAGAUAAAUACAGAAAAAAAAACGGAAAAUUACUCUAUAGUAUUUUUUUUUAAAUUAUCUACUCAAGUGACUAUGAAACUACUCACAAGCAAGCAAUGAAUAAGUUUUUAAAUUGAAAAAGUCAUAAAACAACCUCCCAGUGUAUUAAAAAAAAAUAAUAAAAAAAACGAGAAGAAAAUAAAAAUAUAACGUUUUGUACUUUUGUGUGUUUGCUUUGCUAUAAUUAGUCGUUUUCACACUAUUUAUACGACACAUAAAUAUAAAUGUUGUACAAAGAAACAAGAAGAAGUAUCAACAGCAGACGUCGAGAAAAAUUAGCCAUCUACACACAACACAUGACCAAAGACAGCUAAAAACGGGAAGUUAAGCAUGAAUGAUGAAACAUUAGAGGAAUGGCGUUACUACUUCCAACGGAUAUUGGUACCGUGUGUUGUUAUUAUUGGCAUUUUGGGAAACUUUGUCAACGUAAUUGUGCUGACGAGACGCCGCAUGCGAUGCUCAACAAAUGUAUAUUUAACCGCAUUAGCUGUGAGCGACAUUGUGUUCCUUUUCUUUGUAUUCAUCAUCUCGCUUCAGCAUUAUCCAAAUUGGCAUUCGAUAAAGUAUGAGUUGUAUUGGCGCACGUAUGGCAUCUCGCAUUGGUUUUGUGAUGCUGCUUCUUACACAUCCAUUUACUUGACUGUUAGUUUCACCAUAGAGCGCUAUAUUGUGGUGUGUCAUCCGCUGCGAGGACAAAUUUAUAUAAGAAAUAGUACAAAAAAUGCAAAAAGGGUUAUCUCAGUCGUUGUAAUUUUAUGUUUCCUAUCUACCGUAACAACGUCAUUAGAGUAUCAACUUUCUGUCGUAACAAAAUCCGUUAAUAAGACAACGGGACAUUUGUGUAGCAAUUUCAGCGAUGUAAAUGUAACAACGUCGCUCCCGUCGCCAUCAAUUCCGCUAAAAUGGGAACACGAGUCCGCUGCCAUCGAAAAUGCGGAAUUUUCAAUCAACAAUGGUGCUGCCAUCGUUGCUGCUGCUCUUGUUGACACAACGACGACGAACGAGUUUGACGAUGUUGACACACCUUUGAGUGAUGCGAAUUUCACGUUGUCUACGGAGGAAGAAGAGGAAAUAGGGGAGGAUGGGGAAUGUGAAAUAAUCAAGGAGCUGUGGGUAAUUCCAUCGUCGCUGGGCGAGAGUAAAACGUAUGCAAUUAUCUUCUUUCUCUUCACAUCAAUUGUGUUUAUGUUCCUGCCCUUAAUAUUAUUGGGAACGUUCAAUUGUUUUUUGGUGUCAGCUGUGCGUCGAUCGCACCGAAUGAGGCAUCGCAUGACAAACACCCGUAUAGCGAACGAUGCAAUGUCUGCACAGGAAAAUAAGAUAACAAUUAUUCUCAUUGCUGUCGUCGUGCUCUUCCUCAUUUGCCAAACACCCACAGCAGUGAAUCUCCUGUACAUGGCAUUUGCGAAGCCAUCCGAAGACAAAGGAGUUCUGAACUUACAGAAAGCAUUGAACAACUUAAUGAAUUUCCUAAUAACACUAAAUGCUGCCUGUAAUUUUUUGCUGUACUGCGCGUUAUCCGACAAGUACAGGAAUACGAUAAAAUCGUUAUUUUUAUCGAGGAAAUCGCAUCAGAGACAGAACACAAUAAAUUCGCAUUUCUCCCGCGUGGCAUCCAAGCGAUUAACAUCCAGUUUUCACGGAGCAGAAAAUCUCGCGACGAAACAAAGCAACGUCAAACGAGUUCCCACAAUUCCGGCGAGUAAUUCUUGCCUCAAACGCCCAUCGCUUCUACCGCCAUCGUCAACAUCGAAUGGCUCAAAGGUGCGAUUGCCAAAGCAACGUCCCUCAUUAACGCCAUCCGACAUCCUGUGCCUUAACAAACCAUCUAGUCGUAAAAGUAGCGCUGCAUCAAUCCAAUUACGAAUAUCAUCAAUUGGCACACCGUUGCAGCCCAAUGCGCGCUUGCAUCCGAGCGAAAGUCAGUCGAGUUUAUCGCGAAGCCAAUCUCUGAUAUUGCCAUCGUCGAUACGACAUGCACCUGAUUGCAAAUCACAUCCCGACAAUAUGCCGACAGACGGCAGCAGUUGCACCCAUGCACACGGCAAAAAUGGCGAAAAUGAUGAAAUGGUGCAGAAUAACAAUAACACCGUAAUCAUCGAGAAUGCCAUCGACACAGACGGCAGUAGCAGUAGUGUAAAUGAUAAAAAAUGAGAGGAAAAACAAAAAAAUAUUGAUGUUGAUGAUAAAAUUGUUUUUCUUUAUAUUUAUUUUCUGACGUGUGUGUGCGGCGUGUGUGAACGAGUAGCGAGAUAGACAAACAGACAAUAAAUAAAAGACAAAUAAAAAUGUGCUUUGAAUGUUAAAAAAGAGUGAAAAAGGUAAAAAAAAAAAUAAAAAUAUAGCAAACUCAAUGUAAAUUUAUUCAAAUGGCUUUUGAAUUGUGUAAAGUCACGUUGUUCCUGUUUUCUUGCGUUUCUGCCGACUUUUUGUUGCUACCUGGAUGGAACAACAAUCACAACAACAAAAGCACAAGAACAACU